UCAGUUACGUGUCACGUCAAAAGCUUCUGUACACAAAUAUCACGGGCUGCUUAAUUUUUACCACGAAAUGUGAUCGUUCUCUCACAUCGGACCUAAACUCGUUCUUCAAACAUCGUGCCUGUUGGAACUCUGCUGGUGUUGAUGGAGUGUCUCGUGCCUGUCUGAAGGGUUAUAUGUCAGGAUGAGUGGCGUGGCGCUCGCGCUGGAGGUGGUGGUGGUGUUCUUCCUCGCGCUCUUCCUGCUGCACCGAUAUGGAGAUUUUCGCAAGCAGCAUCGGAUGGUCCUGUUCGCCACCCUCCUCGCCUGGUUCCUGUGCUUCCUCAUCGUCUUCAUCCUCCCGCUGGACGUCAGCACGACCAUAUAUAACCAGUGUAAGACUGAUAAUCAGGUCCACCUGGUGGCGAUCAAAACUGUCAACCAUGAUAACUCCUCCAACUCUUCGGUAUUUCCAACACAAAGGGUCCCAAAGAUUUGCCAAAAGCCUUGGAGUUACAUCCCAGAUGGAAUUCUGCCUGUGUUUUGGAGGGUGGUGUACUGGACCUCACAGUUCCUGACAUGGCUCUUGAUUCCCUUCAUGCAGUCAUAUGCACGUUCAGGAGGUUUCUCCAUCUCAGGAAAGAUAAAAACGGCUCUUAUAGAAAACGCCAUUUAUUACGGCACAUACCUGCUUAUCUUCUGCUCCCUGCUCAUCUACGUCGCCGUCACUCCGAAGUUGCAUCUCUCCUGGUCUGGCUUGCGGACGAUCGGCAUUACUGCCGCCAACACCUGGGGCUUGUUCCUGCUGGUGUUGUUGCUGGGAUACGGCCUGGUGGAAAUCCCGCGCACCUAUUGGAGGGCAUCGUGCCACGGGCAGCUGCUGGCAAAGACGUACUUUAAAGCAGCAAAACUGAUGACGGAAAAAGCAGAUGCUGAGGAAAACCUGGAAGACGUCAUGGAGGAUGUCAGAACAGUCAAUGAGACGAUCAAAUACAAUCAUCCUCUACGCAAAUGCAUUGACACUAUUCUGAAAAAGUGUUCUGUAGAAUACCAAGAAAAGAUGGGCAGGAACAUGGACGAUUAUGAGGACUUCGAUGACAAAGGAAACCCUUAUCCUAGUAAAAAGAGUUUAGUCAAAUUACAUAAACAGGUGAUCUAUGCUGUUCAGAGGCAUAACCGUACGCAAGUUCAGUGGCAGAUUCUAUUGGACAAGGCUUUUCACUUAGAGGACGUGGCCAAAAAUGAGAGCAGCUCCACCCACAAGUUCGUUCACAGCUUCCCUUCUGCCGAACCACCUGGGUGGAUCAGCAAGUACCUGUACACGCCCACUGUGGAGUGGUACUGGGAGUGUGUUUUCCGCCGGUGGUGUUAUCGCGUGCUGGCUGUGGUUUUGUGCGUGUUCUCUGCAGCCGUGGUCUGGUCUGAAUGCACCUUCUUCAGCACACAGCCCGUUCUGUCUCUCUUCGCCGUCUUCAUCCAGCUCGCAGAGAGAGACUACAACUAUGUUUACAUAGAGAUGGCGUGUUUUGUCACCAUAUUUUUCUUGUGUUACUGCGUGUACUCCACUGUGUUCCGGAUCCGAGUCUUUAACUACUAUUAUCUGGCCCCACACCACCAGACGGACGCCUACAGUCUGCAGUUCAGCGGCAUGUUGUUUUGUCGUUUGACCCCUCCGCUGUGUCUGAACUUUCUGGGUGUGAUUCACAUGGAUUCCACCAUCUCCCAUCAGACGAGACAGCCGACAGCGUACACUUCAAUAAUGGGAUCCAUGCAGGUUCUCUCAUUUAUCGCAAAUGGAUUUUAUAUUUAUUAUCCUAUGCUCAUCGUUUUGCUCUGCAUUGCAACUUACUUCAGUCUGGGCACACGCUGUCUGAAUUUGCUGGGCUUUCAGCAGUUCGUGGGUGAGAAUGAUCUGACCUCUGACCUGGUGGACGAAGGACGGGAACUCAUCCGGAGAGAAAGAAGAAAACGGCAGAGAACAGAGGACGGAGAGAGCAGACGGAGAGAAUGGAGGGAACGCUAUAGUGAACAGAGGGAAAGAUACGGCGGGAGAAACAGAAGUGCGUACUCGGAGCUGAAGGAGACGGACGGCUCCGGCACAGACACUGGCAGAGCUCAGUCCCGUAGAGAUCGAAGNGACAAAGCCGAGUUACUACAGGAUGUUGAACCGUUAGACUUCACUGGAGAAGAACCGCUGGAAACAGAUAACAGGAGGUCUGUAUUAUUAUAUCUAUAAAAUAAUUGCAUUACUGUCAGUUAAUAUUAUUUAAUUUUUAUUUUGUUCUUUAAUUCAUACGAGUCUUCUUACUCAAGCACAAGAGAAAGAGAGGAUGGUG